ACUGAAGUAGAAAUAUUCAUUAUUAAUUUGCAAUAAUGGGUUCGGUAGUCAGAGUUUACUCAAUUUUACUUCGUAAAUACCCAUUAGUAGUCCAGUCUCUGCAAACUGGUGCAUUGACAGGAGCUGGAGAUGUAUUGUCACAAGUAGUUAUAGAAAGGAAGUCAGCAAAUCAGUAUGAAUGGCAGCGUACUGCUCGUUUUUUUUCGAUCGGUACAUUUUUUAUAGGUCCUGUGCUAUCAAAAUGGUAUAAAUUGUUAGAUAUAAAAAUUGGGCCUGGCAAAGGGGUGAGAGCUCUGAAGAAGGUUGCAGCCGAUCAAGCAUUCUUUGCACCUUUGUUUUUGGGUGUCUUCUUGAUUGUGCUUGGAGGCAUGAAGGGAAACUCGCCUCAAGAAAUUCAGAAGGAUGUCAAGAAGAACUACAAAGACAUUUUGCUGACCUGUUGGAGUGUUUGGCCAGCUGUUCAAAUCUGCAACUUCUCUUUUGUUCCUCUGCAUCACCAGGUGCUUGUGGCUCAAACAUUUGCAUUAUUUUGGAACACUUACCUGGCCUGGAAGACAAACAAAGACAGUGCACUUCAGAAGCCCAUUAGUACCACUCAAAGUCAAUAAGUAGAUCAGACUUUUAAGAGGAAAAGUUAUUUAAGCUUUUAAGAAAUGGAUCUCAUGAGAUAUUUUCAGUAUAUUGCAAGCAGAUUAUCAUCAUUUAAGAAUGUGAUUUUAGUAAACUUACCUGUUAAAAACAGGUUAAAUGUUAAGAAACAAGCGAGAUAUUUUAGAUUAGUACAACACUUUCUAUGCAAAGAAAAUGCUUUACAAAAAUUUCAUGUCACUAUUUCUGUGUACAAUAUAAUUUUUAGAAUUAAUGUAGCAUAAUUUGGGUUUCAAAAUUUUGUUUGAUUCAUUAUAAUGUUUUUCAUGAAUUAUAAAAUACUCCAUUCAGAGUUGAAGUUUGAUGAACAGUACAGUAUGAGUAAAGAGUUCUGUUUUUUUUUUUAUUAUUUUCAUUUAAUAAACAUCCAUAUUUAGACCCAAGAUUCUGUUAUUGUUUGAAAUUAUUUGUAUUAUGUUUGUCUUUGAAAAGUAAAGUGUCUGGAGACUAUCAUUACUGUUUGCAGUUGUGGACUGGAGUUUUAUAAAAAUAUGCAGGAAUGUGAAAAUAGAAGAUGUGUAUUAUAAAAAACAAUAAUUUAUUGAAUGAUGGGCAAACUGCCAAUUAACAGAAUAAAAUGAAAGGAUUGUAGCAGUACUCAUCUUUACGGACAAAGUUUCACACAUGAGCAACUCAUCAUCCUGUAGAGAUUCACUUUACUGCCUCCAUUUUACCCCAAAAUGCUGUAGUUUGUGUGGAUGGAGAAGGAGCCUCUGUUAACCUUUAAAUUGGGCAUGAUAUACUGUAUAUGUAGUGUAUGUACAGUACUGCUAGGUGAGAAACUGGGAACAGCAUAUAAGUACAGUUCAUACAAAUCAUAGGUUCAAAUGAAGUGCCAUGUAAUGUAAUUUUGCUAGGUAAACAACUUAGCUUUUAUGUGGCAAAUUUACAUCCUGCCAAAAAUGUCUUUGGUACCACAAAAGAGGGAAUGUUCAAUAACACACUACUCUGGCAGUCGUGGUAUCAUUGGGAUAUUAUUCAAAAAUUUUGAUGGCAGCAGUGAUGAUAAUAUACAGCUAGCCCUCCAUUUUCGCGAGCUUCAAAUAUUCGUGAAUGCCCAAUGUUUUGUUUGUUCAUCAUUUGUUAUUAAACCAUAACAUGUAUGUACAUUAUUUUAUGAUGUUUUCUUGUGUUUUAUGAUUGUUCGUGGUUCAACAGGUUAAGGAAGCAGUAUUGUUAGGCAAAGUAAAUGCUAUUAUUAUAUUUCCCUACAAUAUAUUUGCGCAUCAAAACAUUCGCAAAUGCUACAGCACAGUAUUAUCAUAUGUAUUUCCCUACAUCAUAUUUGUGCACCAAACAUUCACGAAUUUUCAAGAUUCCCAAGAUUCUUGAUCCCCUAACCCUCGCAGAUGUGGAGGGCCUUCUGUAUACUAUAUACUUUGUGAAAAUAACAAAUAAAAUCUACAGUAAGUGUGUUUAAAUUGAUUUAAACAAAUUGGAUUUAUGUUAACUCAUACACAAAUAAAAGUAUGUUUCAAAUGUUAA